AUCGGAAGUAAAAUGGCGGCCGUCAUGAAGGCGGAAGAAAACAAUAACCACAUCAAGGUGUUCCUGCCUAACAAGCUGAUGGACUGCUUACCGAAGUGUGCAGCCCUCCCUAAAGAGAGACAGCGAUGGAACACAAACGAGGAGAUAGCGUCUUACUUGACAGCAUUUGAGAAACACGACGAGUGGCUUUCUGGUGUCCCACGGACCAGGCCCGUGAAUGGCUCCAUCCUCCUUUACAAUCGCAAGAAAGUCAAAUACCGUAAGGAUGGUUACUGCUGGAAAAAACGGAAGGAUGGGAAAACCACCCGAGAGGACCACAUGAAGUUAAAGGUUCAAGGGAUGGAGUGUCUGUACGGCUGCUAUGUACACUCUUCCAUCAUUCCAACCUUCCACCGACGGUGUUACUGGCUCCUGCAGAAUCCUGAUAUUGUGUUAGUUCACUACCUGAACGUGCCUGUCCCCGAAGACUCUGGUAAAACGUGUGGACCCUACCGCAGCCUGUGCUCGGUGAACAGCGACAGGAAGGAGUGGCUCAAAUGGACAAAGGAGGAACUCAUUUGUCAGCUGAAGCCAAUGUUCCAUUGCAUUAAGUGGAUGUGUAGCAACAGUCACGGAGUGACUGAGUUCUCGGUCGAGCAGCUGGUACACCAGGUUUUGGAAAGUCACCAAAUCCGACCGCCGCCUCGCACGCACAGCUGUCUGUGUAACAGUGGCCUGGUGGGGACUCUUCCUCAUAAAUGUACCAGCACCAAGCACCGGAUCAUCUCCCCAAAGGUGGACAGUCGCCUGACCAGUUACUCGGCGUUAACCGAAGUGCAGAACCUCUCGGCGGUGGAGAACAAAGUCGACCCGGAGGAGAGUAAAGCCGACGGUCAGGACCAGAAGGUUGGGAAGUUUUCCAAAACCGUGCCGCAGGUCAACGGCACCAAUGAGGUGGCACUGUCCAAGUCGUUGGGGCAGGGGGAGUGUACCCUGGACCCUCCAGCCUCUCGGACCAACGGCUACUGUCAGAGGGAGCUGAGCUCAGUCGGCGUUGCCAGUAGUGUGCCGAACCUCACCGUUGCCACGGUAACUUGUAGCAUCCCGCAGAACGCCGUCAUCUUAAUGACCGGGGUGGGUGAUAAGCCAGUACCACUCACUCCCAGUCAGCACCUGGUGGCUCCCAGCUCCAGUAGCCCUGGCCUGCCGCUGAGUAGUCACAGCCUGACCCUCGCUCCCGUAGCCGGCAGCAUCGGUUUGUCGUUGGUUCCGAGCACAGCGGCCAGUCUCGUCCUAUCCCGGACUGUCGAGGGCAGAAUGGACACAUCAGAGACUCUCAGCUCCCCCAGCAACACUGCCUUCAACCCUGACUCAUUUCUGAAUAGCCCCAAACAGGGACAGACGUACGGAGGAGGGCGGGGUGGCCAGGAGGUGAACACCACUCCCAGCUCCUCCUUUGGCACUGUCCCAGCCGGCAGUAUUCCUGAAUCCCGAUUUCCCGGCAAUGACCUGAAGGAGGAGCCGGAUUUCCAGAGGGAUAGUCUGGAGGGUGUCACAGUGGGGGGACUGGAUUUCACAACAACGCCCCCCUCCUCCUCAUCCUCCUCCUCCGACGUCUCGGUCUUCCCUCAGAAUCCUGGUCUGGUUCCGGUCACUCGGACAUUCCCGGUGAUCACCGAUACUAACCUGGUCACGUCCAGCCCCGGCCCACCCGCUGUGACCGAGAAUAUGGACUGCAGUAACGUGGACUCCCGUAAAAACUACAGUGGCAUCUUCUGUAGCCCCCACCCCCCAGACAGCAACUCCCUCCCCCCGCCCCAAAACCCCUUCUUCGUCCCGAAGGAGACAGGGCUCGGGGGUGUCCCAGUGCUGUCUCCCACCGUCUCCGGGGGUCUGAAGGUGGAAUCAGCCUCCCUAUUCCCACCGGAAGGCGGUGACAGUGUGGAGGAGGACCUGCCGAUGACGGACAUCCCCGAGCCUGAGGUCUCCAUGGAUACGACGUCGCAGACGAGUCCCGAGAUGGCGCGGAUGGAGAGGGGGGUGGGCACGGAGCAGUCAGUAAAACCGGAGGCUCCGUUUGGGGUUGGCAUGACGACGGAGGAUGGAGCUGCAGCCUCCCUGGAGUUACAGUGUGGUCCCGUCACUGACCUGUACACCAUCAUCCAGAACGACCUCUCGUCUUCCUCAGUGUCCCCAUCCAACAUCGACCUCAACAUGGACCACUUUGAGAUCUCCUUCGAUAGCCAGUUCCCCGACCUGAUGGCCGAUAUCAUGACGGACGGAGGCAGCAACAGCAGCAGCGUGGGGCCCAGUGCCGGCUUUGCACGGUACACCGCUAACCCAGCCCCUGUCCCUCCCACUGACCACCCGGCCCACACCGUCUCUGCCCAGCUUCCAGACCAGUCUCUUCAGAUCAGCUCCUUCCCUCAGCAGCAGCUGACACUGGCCACUGGCACAGACGUGCCAUUUCCGGAGGUGUCCAGAACUCCAGCGGACCCAACACAAACUUCAGCCAGUGGCCCAGCCGAGCACAGGCAACCCGUAGCUAUCACUGACUUCUCACCCGAGUGGUCCUACCCUGAGGGUGGUGUGAAAGUCCUGAUCACUGGGUCAUGGAGCGAUGGCAGUGAGCAGUACUUAUGUGUGUUUGACCAGAUCACGGUCCCAGCUUCACUCAUUCAGUCGGGUGUCCUGCGUUGUUACUGUCCAGCUCAUGGAGCCGGUCUGGUCAGGCUACACGUGGCCUGUGAGAACAAGCUAGUUUCCAACUCCGUGCUGUUCGAAUACCGAGCCCGGAACUCCAUGGCAAUGCCCAGCUCCCAGAUCGACUGGCUCUCAUUGGAUGAUAAUCAGUUCCGGAUGUCAAUCCUGGAACGACUGGAACAGAUGGAGAAACGGAUGGCAGAGAUGACUGGUUCAUCCUCCAACAAGCAGCAGCCGAUGGGCUCAGGGGACAAGAUGCAGAUCCAGGCAUCGUCUGACUCUUUUGAGGAAAGAAUUAUCGCCGUCUGUGAGGCGAUGAUGUCCCGAUCCUCCUGGCUACGCUCGGAACGGCUCCUCCACGGAAUCAGUUUCCGGGGAAUGACCCUGUUACAUCUCGCGGCAGCUCAGGGAUACGGCCAACUCAUCGCGACUCUCAUCAAAUGGAGAGGGGUAAGUGCCGAGAGUUUGGAUUUGGAGCAAGAGGUGGAUCCCCUGAACGUGGAUCAUUUCUCGUGCACCCCUCUGAUGUGGGCGUGUGCCCUGGGUCAUCUCGAAGCUGCUGUUACCCUUUAUGCCUGGAACAGCCGAGCCCUCGGAAUCCCGGACUCGCUGGGCCGUCUGCCCUUGCAGGUAGCACGUUCCCGUGGCCAUGUGAGAUUGGCCAUGCGUCUGGAGGAACUGCAGAGACAGGAGACUCCGAUCCAGGACUCCCUCCUGAACACCAGGCUACAGGACCACAUCGAUGGGACAGGCACCAGCUGGCAGCGGUGGGCAGGCAGCUGCAGUGAAACUGGCAAAGCCUCUUCGCCCUCAUCGAUGAGCCCAGACACAGGUCUGAGCGCUGUCAGCAGUAACUCAUCUCCCUCCUCAGUGUCCGAGGGGUCAGGAACCUUCUCAGUGAGCUCUGCCUACUUCAGUGGCUCCGUUCCCAGAGAGACACCCGUCACCAGCCCCGAACUGUGUCCCGGCGUUGAGCGAGACGUAGCCAUGGAGGUCUGUGAACGGCAGGAAGUCACCAACAGCGCAGCACGCCCCGCGCAGGGUCAGGAGCGGGCUGCUCUCAGCUGCACUGGGAACUCUGAAAGCCAGCAGAAACCGAGUCACGGGUGGAACCUGCAGGAGGAAGGUGAACUUCGGAGAAGCCGGAAUGGCAGCUCAGCUCUGCACUGCGGCACAGCCAGCCCCCACUUCUUCCUCCACCAUGAGGCCACGCUCCUGACAAACAGCAGCAGGCAAUACUCGAUAGCAGCAGCAAGAGACUCCAUGGAGACUGAGCUGCUUCGUUUCACUGAGAAUGUGGAGAAUGAAGACUUCCUGCCUCCCGUCGAUGUUUUACAGGUCGAUAUGAUAACUUUGGCGGAGCAGAUUAUCGAUGCCACUCCGGAGCGAAUCAAGCAGGAGGAUUUUAACAGCAUUCAGGCGGCUCUGAGAGAGCAUCAGGAAAACACAGCCAUCAGUGACACCAUGACCUGGUUGGCGAGCUACUUGGAAAAUGUCGACCAACUUCCCAACUUCUCCCAGCACAGGUCUGUGUGUAGUCAGCCACUGACCCCCCCGUCCAACCCCUGCCUGAGCCCGGUCAGCUCUCCGCUCAGUGACAUCACCUUGGAGAAGGUCGACACACCAGCCAACAGCGAUUGGUCAGAUUUCCUCAAUGCCUCAGCCAAUGGGAAGAUGGAGAGAGAGUUUGCAUUGCUGACCCUGUCAGACCAUGAGCAGCGAGAGCUGUACGAGGCAGCUCGGAUCAUCCAGACUGCGUUCCGCAAGUACACGGGCCGGAGACUGAAGGAGCAGCAGGAAAUCGCUGCAGCUGUUAUCCAGCGUUGCUACAGGAAGUACAAGCAGGUACAGAACCCCGUCCCAUCGAAUCGAACCACGUGUCAGAGACAAGCGCUGGUUCGAGUUAAACCCCAGGACCCACUCAGUCAGACCACCCCUCUGCUGAUGGCAGCAUCUGGGAUAACUCUGUAG